AUGUCGGGGAUCUCGCUGGCGGUGGCGCCGAGGUCCGACCCGGACCACGGGUCGGAGCGGCAGCCGACGGUGAUGCUGGGCGGCGUGAUGGGUUCGCUCCGCGUCAUCGAGCUCCAGCUGGUGGCCUUCAUCAUGGUGUUCUCGGCGUCGGGCCUCGUCCCGCUCAUCGACCUCGUGUUCCCCGUCGCCACCACGAUCUACCUCCUCGCCAUCUCCCGCCGCUGCACUCCAAGCUCGACGCCGCCCGCUCGCCCGCCGCGUCCCAGGAGAUCUUCCGCGGCAGCAACUCUAGCUACUUCGAUUGUUAUUGUUACUAAAGUAACUAACCUGGAGCAGGCUGUUCCAGGUGUACGUGGUGCUGGGCACGACGGUGGGUCUGUUCCUGCCGCUGGCGCACGUGCUGGGCGGAUACUGACGGAGAACGUGGUGGGGUCGCUGGGCGCCUUCUCGCCGCCCGUCAGGGCGCUGGUGCCGCUGCUCUACACGGUGCGCCGCGUCUUCGUCAUCGUCGACUGGGUCUACGACGUGUGGGCCAACAGGGCCCUCACGCGGGCCGCCACCGCGCAGGAGGCCGUCUGGAUGUGGUUCGGCAGGUACCUCGCCGCCGCCAACCUGCUCUACUUCUCCGCCAACCUCUUCGUCUUCCUCAUCCCGAGGUUCCUGCCCCGCGCCUUCGAGAAGUACUUCCGCAUGCGCGACGAGGUGUGCGCCAAGACGGCCGAGGACAAGCACGCGCGCGGACACCAGUCGUCGGUGCGGCGAAGUCGGACGUGUCCAAGAAGGCGGACUGAGAGCUCUAGGCUCUCGCAUGUGGUGCGUGGCUUGUAA